UUGCGAAUCUCAGGAUCCCUGGACUUGGGUUGUUCUUCAGAAAAAAAUGGUUAUUUCUUUGAACACAUGCCUGGGCUUGAUCUGUUUAUUAUGCCACUGGAUAAGGAUAGCAUCACCCCUGAACCUCGAAGACCCAAAUGUGUGUAGCCACUGGGAAAGCUACUCAGUCACUGUGCAGGAGUCGUACCCUCACCCCUUUGAUCAAGUUUACUACACCAGCUGCACUGACAUCCUGAACUGGUUUAAGUGUACACGGCACAGAAUCAGUUAUCGGACAGCCUAUCGACAUGGGGAGAAAACUAUGUACAGGCGCAAAUCCCAGUGUUGUCCUGGAUUCUAUGAAAGCAGGGAAAUGUGUGUCCCCCACUGUGCUGAUAAAUGCGUCCACGGUCGCUGCAUUGCUCCAAACACCUGUCAGUGUGAGCCUGGCUGGGGGGGCACCAACUGCUCCAGUGCCUGUGAUGGCGACCACUGGGGGCCUCACUGCAGCAGCCGAUGCCAGUGCAAAAACCGGGCUCUGUGCAACCCCAUCACCGGGGCGUGCCACUGCGCCGCAGGCUUCCGGGGCUGGCGCUGCGAGGACCGCUGUGAGCAGGGCACCUACGGCAACGACUGCCAUCAGAGAUGCCAGUGCCAGAACGGGGCCACCUGCGAUCACGUGACAGGGGAGUGCCGCUGCCCGCCGGGGUACACCGGAGCCUUCUGUGAGGAUCUUUGUCCCCCUGGCAAGCAUGGUCCGCAGUGUGAGCAGAGAUGCCCCUGCCAGAACGGAGGAGUGUGUCAUCACGUCACGGGGGAGUGCUCUUGCCCCCCUGGCUGGCUGGGCACAGUGUGUGGUCAGCCUUGCCCCGAGGGUCGCUUUGGAAAGAACUGUUCACAAGAAUGUCAGUGCCAUAAUGGAGGGUCGUGUGAUGCUGCCACAGGCCAAUGUCAUUGCAGUCCAGGAUACACAGGGGAACGGUGCCAGGACGAGUGUCCCGUGGGGACGUACGGCGCCCGCUGCGCUGAGACCUGCCAGUGCGUCAACGGGGGGCAGUGCUAUCACGUGAGCGGCUCCUGCCUCUGUGAAGCAGGCUUCUCGGGGGAGCACUGCGAGGCGCGCCUGUGUCCGGACGGGCUCUACGGCAUCAAGUGUGACAAGCGGUGCCCCUGCCACCUGGACAACACUCGUAGCUGUCACCCCAUGUCUGGAGAGUGUGCCUGCAAGCCGGGCUGGUCGGGACUCUACUGUAAUGAGACAUGCUCUCCUGGAUUCUUCGGGGAGGCCUGCCAGCAGAUCUGCAGCUGCCACAAUGGGGCUGACUGUGACAGUGGGACUGGAAAGUGCACCUGUGCCCCGGGAUUCAAAGGAACUGACUGCUCUGCUCCCUGCCCCCUGGGAACCUACGGGGUAAACUGCUCCUCUCUCUGUGGCUGUCAGAACGAUGCUGUUUGCUCUCCUGUGGACGGGUCCUGUACUUGCAAGGCAGGCUGGCACGGGGUGGACUGCUCCAUCCGCUGUCCCAGCGGCACCUGGGGCUUUGGCUGCAACUUGACGUGCCAGUGCCUCAACGGCGGAGCCUGCAACACCCUGGACGGGACGUGCACGUGUGCCCCGGGAUGGCGCGGGGUGAAAUGCGAACUUCCCUGCCAGGAUGGCACGUAUGGGCUGAACUGUGCCGAGCGCUGUGACUGCAGCCACGCGGAUGGCUGCCACCCCACCACGGGCCAUUGCCGCUGCCUCCCCGGAUGGUCAGGUGUCCACUGUGACAGUGUGUGUGCGGAGGGACGCUGGGGUCCCAACUGCUCCCUGCCCUGCUACUGUAAAAACGGGGCGUCGUGCUCCCCUGACGACGGCAUCUGUGAGUGCGCCCCGGGGUUCCGCGGCACCACGUGUCAGAGAAUCUGCUCCCCUGGUUUCUAUGGGCACCGCUGCAGCCAGACCUGCCCCCAGUGCGUGCACAGCAGCGGGCCCUGCCACCACAUCUCCGGCCUGUGCGACUGCCUGCCUGGCUUCACGGGAGCCCUCUGCAACGAAGUGUGUCCCAGUGGCAGAUUUGGGAAAAACUGUGCAGGAAUUUGUACCUGUACCAACAACGGCACCUGCAACCCCAUUGACAGAUCCUGUCAGUGUUACCCGGGAUGGAUCGGCAGCGACUGCUCUCAGCCCUGUCCACCGGCCCACUGGGGCCCGAACUGCAUCCACACCUGCAACUGCCACAACGGGGCCUUCUGCAGCGCCUACGACGGCGAAUGCAAGUGCACGCCCGGCUGGACGGGGCUCUACUGCACGCAGAGAUGUCCCCUGGGCUUCUACGGGAAAGACUGUGCGUUGAUAUGCCAGUGUCAGAACGGAGCUGAUUGCGACCACAUCUCAGGGCAGUGCACUUGCCGCACGGGGUUCAUGGGGAAGCACUGCGAACAGAAGUGCCCUCCAGGAACAUAUGGCUACGGCUGUCGCCAGAUAUGUGACUGUCUGAACAACUCCACCUGCGACCACAUCACGGGGACCUGUUACUGCAGCCCCGGAUGGAAGGGGGCACGGUGUGAUCAAGCUGGUGUGAUAAUAGUGGGGACCCUGAACAGCCUGAGCAGAACCAGUACGGCCCUUCCGGCCGACUCCUACCAGAUUGGGGCCAUCGCGGGCAUCGUCGUCCUCGUCCUGGUGGUCCUCUUCCUCCUGGCACUGUUCGUUAUUUACAGACACAAGCAGAAGGGGAAGGACUCGAGCAUGCCGGCGGUCACCUACACCCCUGCUAUGAGGGUCAUGAACGCAGACUACACCCUCUCAGAAACCCUCCCUCACAGCAACGGCGGAAACGCUAACAGCCAUUACUUCAGCAACCCCAGUUACCACACGCUGACCCAGUGUGCCGCCUCCCCUCACGUCAACAACAGGGACAGGAUGACCCUCGCGAAGUCCAAAAACAACCAGCUGUUUGUGAAUCUGAAGAAUGUGAAUCCCGGCAAGAGAGGCCCGGUGGUGGAGUGCACGGGCACCCUGCCCGCGGACUGGAAACACGGCCGCUACCUCAACGAGCUCGGUGCUUUUGGACUUGACAGAAGUUAUAUGGGAAAAUCCUUGAAAGACCUGGGAAAGAAUUCUGAGUAUAAUUCAAGUAACUGCUCCCUGAGCAGUUCUGAAAACCCAUAUGCCACUAUUAAAGACCCACCCAUGCUGCUCCCCAGAAGCUCAGAGUGCGGCUACGUGGAGAUGAAGUCACCGGCGCGCAGAGACUCCUCCUAUGCAGAGAUCAAUAACUCAGCCUCGGCCAACAGGAAUGUCUAUGAAGUUGAACCUACGGUGAGUGUUGUCCAAGGAUUAUUCAGCAAUAACGGGCAUCUCACCCAGGAUCCAUAUGACCUUCCAAAGAACAGUCACAUCCCUUGCCAUUACGACCUGCUGCCGGUCCGAGACAGUUCAUCCUCCCCGACGCGAGAGGACGGAGGCAGCAGCAGCAGCAGCAGUGACUGACACCAAAGGACCCCUCGGUAGCCCCCGGAGCCCUUUCCAGAACUGCGGUUCGGUUCUUCUCCAUCCUCAAGUUUGCCACCUUAGGUGAAUGUUAAUCUACUUGGUAGCAAUUGCUGGACACAAACCAGAAAGCUCAAAGCCGAGGCUGACUGGCCGUAGGUCCCUUUGUGCAGGUGGCUCGGAGGGAGAUGACGGUGUGAUUUUCCACCCUUGCUAGUGUUAGAACUGCACCCGUGAAGCAUGGCUUCCUGUAAAAUCCCGGCCACGAGCAUGAACGUGCAGAUGUCCUUCAGAGACGGGCUUGCAGUGGACAUUGGUAUCAUUGCUUGAAAAACAGAAGUUUAAAUAUAUUUUCUCUCUCGUUUGCAUUGUAGAUCUGUACCUAGGAUUGUGCAGUUUACCAUAAAAUUUAGUGUGAAUCACUAAAAUGUAGAAGAAAAGGGGCAUAUUAUUGAGUCCUGAUUCUUUGGGGUGUUUUUUUUUUCAGCUGGACUCAGAAUUGUAGGAUAAUAUGAACCCAGGAGGAAACAUUCUGUCAAGGGGCAUAACUGGAUAGACUGAACACACCCUAGAAGUGGAUAGAAAAUUUAAAUAUGAACACUUUAGGCUUUUUUUAAGAAUGAAGAAAUGUACACUUAGAAUUAUUUUAGAAAUACUAGAAUUAUUACAGGAAUCAAUAUGUGCCAGACAGAGGCGAUUUUUCUCUCUGUUUGACCCCUGGCCCACUUUCGAUCCCUGACAUUGUUCUGAUCACUGCCCCCCUCAUACACAUUCACCACCUGAGAUCCAUAACAUAUCAGUAAUUAUUUCAUAAAUAUGAAAAUGAAAUAAUUUUAUUUUUGACAGACUGGAUUGAAUGAGUGUAUAAUGAUUGGAAAAGGAUGUAAAUUUUAAGUGUAAGAAGACACUUAAGUUUUGUAAACCAUUAGUAAUACAUGCUGUAAUAUAGAAUUAGCAGAAAGGUUUUAUUAAUUUUUCCCUAGAAGUGACUGAAGUAUUUUUGUGCGUAUUCGAGAAAAGGGCACUUUUCUUUUGUUAAUUGUUGGUUUAGAGAAAGUAUGCUUAAGCUGGUCUUUUGCAUUGCUAAUAUGAUAUGUACCCCAUUUUUCUCUAAUUUGUAUUUUCAUUUUGAAGUUGUAUGUUUUAUGUUUUGU